UAUUUAGAAUAAUCAAACGACGUCACUUCAUCUCUGUUCUGCAAAUAUUAACAUCUCACCCUCUUAAUUAAAUCAAAACCCUAACUUUUUGUUCCCCCAAUUCACUACCUUUUUUUAAAAUAAAUAAUCUUUUUUUCCUCCAAUUAUUUGUAUACAUAUCCGUGUGUAUUAAUUGAUCUAGUUUUCGUGUUUUGUUUAUAUUAAAGUGUUGAUUUUUAGCUUUUUUUGGUGCUGAGUUGACUCGGUAGCUUCAUUCUUGGAUUUCGAUUUGGAUUGUGCUGCUGAACGGAUGGUCUCGAUAUAGAUAAUGGGCAGUAGUGAGAUGGAAAAAUCGUCUAAGGAGAGUAAGGAGCCGAAGACUCCUACUUCUCAGGAACAAGUGUCACCCGUUGUUGCUGGAUCCGCUGCCCCUGUUACUCCAGAUUGGACUGGGUUUCAGGCAUAUUCUCCGAUGCCUCCACAUGGGUAUAUGGCAUCAAGUCCCCAAGCUCCUCACCCCUACAUGUGGGGAGUUCAGCAUAUGAUGCCGCCUUACGGCACUCCACCACAUCCAUAUGUUAUGUAUCCCCAUGGUGGAAUAUAUGCGCACCCAUCUAUGCCUCCGGGAUCUUAUCCAUUUAGUCCGUUUGCUAUUCCUUCUCCAAAUGGUGUUGCCGCCGAGGCUUCUGGUAAUACACCCGGAAGCAUAGAAGCAGAUGGUAAGGUGUCGGAGGGGAAGGAAAAAUUGCCUAUCAAAAGGUCAAAGGGUAGUUUGGGAAGUUUAAAUAUGAUAACAGGCAAAAAUAAUGAGGCUAGUAAAACAUCCGGACUAGGUGCUAAUGGAGGAUACUCCAAAAGUGGUGAAAGCGCAAGUGAAGGAUCAAGCGAGGAAGGAAGUGAUGCAAAUUCUCAAAAUGAUUCUCAAAUUAAGUCAGGAAGCAGGCAAGAUUCUCUUGAAGCUGAAGCAUCUCAUAAUGGAAACACACAUGGUUUGCAGAAUGGGCAAUAUGCAAAUAAUUCAAUGGUCAACCAACCAAUAUCCGUCGUACCAAUUUCAACAGCUGGUCCUGCAGGUGUUCUUCCUGGUCCCACAACUAACUUAAAUAUUGGGAUGGAUUAUUGGGGUGGUGCAACUUCAUCUGCUAUUCCUGCAAUGCGGGGGCAAGUUUCCCCUCCUAUUACUGGAGGAACCUUGAGUGCAGGAGCUAGAGAUAAUGUGCAACCACAACAUUGGCUACAGGAUGAAAGGGAGAUUAAAAGGCAAAAAAGAAAACAAUCUAACAGAGAAUCUGCUCGCCGAUCCCGGUUACGGAAGCAGGCGGAAUGUGAUGAGUUGGCACAGCGUGCUGAAGCUUUAAAAGAAGAAAAUGCCUCUCUUAGAGCUGAACUGAGCCGCAUUAGGAGCGAAUACGAGAAGAUUGUGGCACAAAAUGCAGCUCUCAAGGAGAAAAGUAGGGAUGUUCCUGGGCAGGAGGAUCAAUGGCCUGGUAGGAAUGACCAACACACUGGAAAUGGAAGUAAAGAACCCGGUAAUACAGAGUCUGCACAAAGUGGUCAUUGAAGUUCUAGCUUUCCCAAAUGAAGAUAGAUAUUGAGGGGCUUAACAUAACCAUUUAGUACGAGAAGUCCUUGUUCACAUAUGUAGCUCAAAAUUAAUUAAAGCUGACCAUCCUUAGCCUCAGGUUUUAUCUGUGAAAGAUAUUUACUAUCCAUCGUUUUCUUCUUGACUGUUCUUUUUGAGUCGAAGAACCAGAAUGGGAUGUAGAGUUGUGUAAUCUGUUUAACUCCCUUGAUGUUGGAUUAGUGUUUAGACCUCUAUCAAAACUUGUUUGUACUAAAAAUUUGUCUGUAUUAUCGCGGAAUAAUUAUGAAUAGACUCUCGAGUAUUUUAUCUGGGAAUACAUCGUUAGUGUUUGCUUGUGUCAA